AUGAGAAAACAGAUUAUUCCCGAGUCGAUCGCUCGAUUAGAAAAACUGGAAGAGCUUAAUCUUUCUUCAAAUCUUCUGGAAUCACUACCGGAACCGAUUGGAAUGCUUCGGAACUUGAAGAGCUUGAACGUUUCUGGAAAUAAACUGAAUGCAUUACCUGAUACCAUUUGUCUUUGCAGAUCUUUGAUAGAAUUCGAUGUCAGCUUCAAUUCCCUGUCAUGCUUGCCAACUCAUCUCGGCAGAUACUUAGGAAAUCUACGGAGGCUUUCGAUUCAUUUGAACAAGAUCCAAUCCCUGCCGGCUUCCAUCGGUGAUAUGAGUGCUUUGUGUUUCGUCGAUGCUCACAUGAAUGAACUUUCUGGCCUUCCCGAUGAGAUCGGGAGAUUGACGAAUCUUGAGAUCCUCAAUUUGAGCAGUAAUUUCACUAAUUUGUCGCAACUUCCAAACAUGAUCGGUGGAUUGAUCAACCUUAAAGAGCUUGAUCUCAGCCACAACCAGAUUCAGGCUCUCCCCUAUACACUCGGCCGUCUCGACAAGCUUACGAAACUCAAUUUGGAACACAAUCCUCUCGACAUUCCGCCUCCGGAAGUGAUAAACGAAGGUGUCGAGGCGAUCAAGACUUUCAUGCACGACUUACCUGUUGAGGAAGAAAGAAAGAGCAGCCUAGAGGGAAAUGAUCAGACACAGACCGGGUGGUUGAUGCGCGGUGGCUCGUGGUUGUUGAAUUCGGCUUCGUUCGUCGGCGGAAGCAUCUCGGGCUACCUUAUGGGAGGUGCUCCCAAGAACGCCGCCUAUCUUGAGGAAGCACUAUGAUUUCGUAGUCCA